AUUUCCCUUAAUCGACCUUUACCUGUGGUAGCGUAUAAACAAUAAUAACGACAACACAGAUCACAGUGAUAAUCGAGCUCCGUGCACGUGGAUUUCUUUAUUAACUUUAUUUAUAUCCCUCAUGACAGCAAGAUCACAAUCGCUGUACCAUUAAAUAUCUCAAUUUCAGCUGUGUGCUUUUCAAAGGCGAUUUAAGGACACUGUCAGACAUGUAUUAAAGGUAACAACGAACUUAGGAAAUGCACGAAUUUACAUAAGUAUUGUUAUGGAAGGUACCAUAGGCAGAUAACAAAAUAAUAGAGAACGCGCUUCAGAAAUUGCACCGUUGCUAUUGACCGAAUCUAGGCAACGUAGUAAAUCAUAAGGCGUCUGUGAUUUGGUAAACAUAAGUGAAGCAGUUAUUUCAUAUUGACAAUACAACUAGUUAGAUAUCCCAGCCAUCAAACAUCGACGCGAUUGAUAGUAGGAAUGGGCUGUGCCGCCUAGUGUCGUUCGUGGGAGUCCGUGUCGUGUGACAAAAGAGAAGAGCUGAAGGUGAACGGGGGAGCGGCAGCAUCACAGUAGCCUACUGGCUUUUCACGGAACACGAGCACUACAGCUCGCGUAACAUUUUGGUCUGAAAAAGAUACUGGACGACGUUGAAGAAGUUUAAUUACGACCACGCUCAUUUGACGCAAACUGAACAAACUGGUAUCGCUCCUCGUCCACGCGUGGGCUCCGCGCACUACAGCGCGCUGCGAUCCACUGUGCAACUCUCUCAAUAUCGGAUUCAUUCGCCUGCACGGCGGAUGUGAUUUAUCAUCAGUCAAAGGCUUUCUUCAAUUGCACAAGCGUUUGUAACCAAAAGACUUACUUGAGGCUGGAUAUUCAUCCUUUACCUACUCGAGACACUGGGUAGAGAUUCAGCUGUUCUGGGGUCGGUAUAUACGCACUUUGACGAGGUCCGAACAGGUGUACGCGCUUACAACUCCUGUCCGGACUGAUUGUUGAAGAUCGAGAUCCGCGUGCGGAUAAGGAUUUUACCAUAAACACAUUUGUUAUUUUUUUUCGCAAUAACUGGACUUAACCAGGAGAACUAUGGAUAUCAAAUGGCUUAAUAUAGCCUUUGCUGUUUUUGUGAGCUCCUGCUUAGCCCAGCGGCAGGUUACUGUGCAGCCCGGGCCCUUGAUUCGAACUGAAGGCUCUCACGUUACCAUCUGGUGUAACGUAACUGGCCACAAGAAUGGAGUGGAGCAGGACUUUGAGUGGUCCUUGUACCUGUACUCCUCUCCUGACCGAGAGAUCCGCAUUGUGAGCACAUCCCAGCAAAACUAUGCCUAUGCUUUGUACUCCCAGCGUGUCAACAGCAGGGAGGUCUACAUCGAGAGGUUGAGUGGAGACUCAGCGCUGCUGCACAUAACCAAGAUACAGGCCUCUGAUCAGGGCAUGUUUGAGUGCUACACCCCCAACACUGACAGCAGCUAUCUGGGCUCCUAUAGCGCUCGUACCAACCUCACUGUGAUUCCAGACACUCUGGAGGUGACCGCGACUGCUCAGACGCUCUCAAAAGUGGAAGGGGACACGCUACAGCUGAGCUGCGAGGUCACCAGGCAAACCAUCCAACACACGCACGUGUCUGUCAGCUGGUUCCUGCACGCCGCAGACGACACUGGUUCUGGUCCGCGUGACCUUGUCACCCUGUCCCGGGACUUCGUUUUGAGACCGGGCGGACAGUACCGCCAGCGUCUGUCCUCGGGAGACCUGCGAUUGGACAAGACCAACGCCACCUCUUACCGCCUCACCAUCUACAAGCUGCAGCCCACAGACCAGGGCGAGUUUUACUGUGAGGCCUCCGAGUGGAUCCAGGACCCAGAUCGCUCUUGGUACUCCCUGACCCGGAAAGAGUCUGAGAAGACGUCAGUCACAGUUCAGCCCACAGAUCGGGACUUCAGUAUCCAGGUAACUACCGAGCGCCGGUCCUACACGGCUGGUGAGCCGCUGGAGCUCCGCUGCACCAUUGACGCUCAGAAUGUUCCAGAGCGCUUCUUUUCGGUGUCGUGGGUCUUCAGCAGCUCAUCCAUAGCCCUGAUAGGACCCAGUGCAGUGCCCUUACUGGGACCCAACUACAAGGAGCGGGAGGCGGACGGGCUUCUGACCGUACGAAAAGAAAGCCCCUCCGUCCACCUUCUCAAACUGCAGCGCCUACUGCCUGAGGAUUCUGGGAAAUACAUCUGCAGAGUGACAGAGCGGGAAAAGACUCUUACUGGGGAAUUCAUCGACCGUAGCAAACGGUCCCGUAAUGUUCAGAUCACCGUCACCCCUCUGAGAAGUAACAUCACUGUGUGGUUAUCCAGUAACUCUUCAGAGAUUAUGGAAGGAGAGACCAUCCAGCUGAGCUGCAUUGUUAACAACACUCUGGGUCCUGUGUCUGUCAGUUGGCUGCGGAUGAAUAAGGAUGGGUUGGGUUCUGCGGUGGACGUGGCUUCUAUGGACCGUGAUGGCACAGUCACAUACGGGCCCACCUUUAGGGUGCGCAGCAGCUAUGGGGAUGUCCGGGUGGAGCGCACUCGGCCUGACACGUUCACCCUUUCCUUGUUCAAUACCCUUCCCACAGAUGAUGGCCAGUACCGUUGCAGCGCCACUGAAUGGUCUCAGACGGGUACCGCACCUGACUGGAUCUGGCAGCAGAUAGGGGAUGAAUCCGCCGCCAAGACCAUCACUGUCAAAUCAAUUGAAUCUGUCUUCUUCGUCUCUGCAUCCUCCCGUACGCCCAGUGUGACAUUUGGAGAUUCGUUUGAUCUACAGUGCAUCGUGAAGCCGCGGCACAAUCCCAACGUCCCUGCUUCAGUCACAUGGCGCUUCCAGCCAGCAGAGGGCGAUGGAGAGUUUCGGGAUUUGGUGACUUUUACUCGUGAUGGCACUCUGCAAUGGGGCGAGCAGCUGCUGGGCCUCGGCACACGAACCACGGUGGAUCGUACGGCCACCAACACCAACUUUCGCCUCAGCGUCACCCGAGCCGGACGCAAGGAGGCCGGAACGUAUCAAUGCGCUGCCCUGCUCUAUCGGAGGAAUUACGAUGGCAACUGGAGCACAGUGGCCAACCGCACCUCCAACCUGCUGGGCAUCAGUGUACUGCAGCCUGUGAGUAAACUACAAGUGCACAAAACCAACCAGAGCCUGCAGUUUCUUGAGGACAGUCGGGUGCGUGUCAACUGUUCCAUCACCUCUCAAACCAGCCCUGAAUCCCAGCAUGCCGUGCUGUGGUACGCCCACAAAACCGAGCCGGGAGUACCUGACGAGCUGCUGUUAAAGAUCGAGCACUCUGGAGCGUUCGAGUACGGAGCGUAUGCGGAAGAAGAGCGUCUGCGCAGCCGCGUGCAGUCAGAAAGGCUCUCUCCUCGGCUAUACAGCCUGACCUUGCACCGCUCCGAGACCAGCGAUUCUGGAACGUACUACUGCCGCGUGGAGGAGUGGCUCAUGGACCCUGAAGGAGCCUGGUUCCGCUUGGCACAAGACGAUUCUGGCUUCACACAUGUGGUGGUGAGACAGCCAGUGGUGAAAUUACAAGUGGAGGAGGCAGAAUCCAAUAUCACAGUGCCUGAAGACGGGUCGAUCCGGCUGGGCUGUAGCAUCCCAUCUCAGUCAUCGAAAGAUUCACGCUUCUCCGUAUCCUGGUACGUGAAUCGUCAGGGACAGGAUGAGGAUGAUUAUCAAUGUGUCUUUUCCAUCGGUCAUGAUGCAGUGUUUGGUAACGGCAACUGCAGCCCUACGGAGGAGCCCGGUCCGAACUCUCGCCUGCAGUUUGAGCGCACCACCUCCGAUCUGUACAGUCUGACCAUCCAGAAAGCUCGGUCAAGAGAUGCAGGCAAUUACUAUUGUCACGUGGAGGAGUGGCUGCUGAAUCCACGCAACGCCUGGUACCGCCUGGCCACCAACAACUCUGGGGUCACCAUUGUUAAUGUUCUGGAGCAGGAGUCUACCCUACAAUCUGUGGUUUGUUCCAACGACUCCCUCUUCUACUUCGUCUUCUUCUACCCUUUCCCGAUCUUCGGCAUCCUCCUCAUCGCCGUCCUGCUGGUGCGUUACAAGAGCCGCAGCUCCAGUAAGAAUCAGGAGGGCAAGAACGGAGCUCCUCUCCUGUGGAUCAAAGAGCCCCACCUCAGUUAUUCCCCCACCUGUCUGGACCCUCCAGCUCUCAGCCUUCACCCCGGCUCUGUGGAGUAACGGCGACGUGGACGUGACCCCGUCUCACUAAGAGACUCGCUCAUCUACACUAUUUCUCUCUAUUUUUCUUCUUCUCCUCGUCCACGAUGAGGCCACCAGGAUGUAAUCUGGGCUUCUAGCCUGGCCCGUCAAUCCGUCCAUAUGACUGACUAAGAUCUUCCUCUGUUGAAGUUGCCAUGGCUACGGUGGCUGCUGGUGGUGAUGCCUAGACAUUUCCAUCACUUUCUUUAUUUAAUGCGGCUUUUACUUAACAUUCUCGCUCUUGUGAUGACAUUUUUCUUUGAGGUUGCAGCGUCUGUGGGCUUUGAUGUAUUUUAGCACUGCGUGCCAGGAUGAAAAGACACAGGUUUAUAUUUUUUGCUUUUUCUCCCGUUUAUGAAGUCUGGUGCAAACCACUGCGUUUUAUUUGUUAUUUUAUUAUUAUGUCAGUGCUGAGUUUUGCUUCCAACGUUUCGGGAAGGUCAGUGGUGGACCGUGAACAUCUCGUAACAAUGGUAUAUGGAUGAAGGACGAAAAGGACAAUCUUUCCUCGGAAAGCUGACGAUGGAUGUACAUUGUAUGAUUUUGUGAGCGUGUGUGUGUGUGUGAGUGUGCCACUGAACUGAUCUGAGAACUGCCUCUGUUUCAACGGAUACAUAUAAAGUAUAGAGAGCCCACAUCACCCACCGACUCCUGGAUAUAAAUGUAUCUCCAGCUCAUUCUCACUGCCAAAGACCUAGUAAAUUUCAAAAGAUACACAUUACAAAAAAUCUGAUUUAAAGCCACAAUGUAGAAGUUAGAAAAAUGUGAAUAAAUCUUGUAACACAGACCGUCUGAUAUCAUCCAGUCAAAAAAAGACAGUAAGACGCAGUCACGUUUCCAAGUCAUCCAAGAUGUUUAACACCUUUGCAAAUUAGUCUUGUUUUGAGGUCCCAUCACAACGCUAAAGAAAAUGAAUUUACCACCAAAACACCCUUUCGUAUGAGUAUAUGUGUGAUAGUUGUGUAUAUAUACACACAAGAUGACCCCAAAUGUACUGUAGUGCCUGUUCUCUUCAGUGUUAAGUAUUUCCAUAGUGCUAAAUAGAUACAAAUGGAGGCUGACGUUGUCAACGAUCUGUCGGGCAUGAAGGGCUUUUCUCUCCACCUCUCUGGAUUUUUGGAAUAUCAACCAGGACAAUACUGACUCCAGGGACGUCUUUAGUGCCAAGACUUUUCAUCAUUAUUCAUGCCCUUCAAAUGAUCUGGAGGAAAGCAAAUGUUGACAUUCUGCGUAUAUGAAUUUUCAGCUUACUAAACAAAGACUUACAAAGAUACUCGAUGCUGAUGAUUAGACAUUUUGUUAUACAGUAUAUACAGUAAGUCAUAUGUUGUUGCUGUUUUCUUUAUGGGUUUGUGUAUGAAACAUGGUGCAAAAACCACCUGAAAAAAAAAAACAUGAAACAAACUUGAUGCACCAUUUCAUAAUCUGUGACCUGUAAGCGCACAAUAGAGUGAUAAAUAUGUGAUUUAUAUCUCUAAAAGUUAAUCUAAGAUCGAAAUUAUUAUUGUUUGCUUUCAUGAAAACAUCAAAAGACACUGCCAACCCAUUUUCCAUUGAAGAUUACUCAACAUUCAGUUUACUCUAAAGGGACGUCGCAAACAUCUAUACUAUUUGUUUCUAGCGCUAGUGUGAAUAAAUCUUAAAUUUCAUUUUUAUUUCAAGCAAGGACUACCAAACAAAAUGUGUUGUCUAAUAGCGGUGACGGGCAUCUCACUUAUAGGCCACAUGCUUAACAAGACUUUGUUGUUCACGCAUCAUCAACAACGUGACAUCAUGCUUAGUGUUUUGUGGCCCAUUGUGCUAUCACUCGCGUGAUCUCGACAGUCAACUGAUAUCUGUAUUUGAAACAUCGCAGCUUUUCUGUAAAUGAAAUUUAGAUCCACUUGAAGCUUGUGAUUGUCUUAUUUAUUGGACCAUAAAACACCUAGAUAGAAUCUGUGAACUUCAUAAAUCUGCAUAGACGUUUUGCAGAAACAUUGAAGAUUUACUGCGCAGUCAGGGGAUGAUGGGAAAUGAUCGGACUGUGAAGCAAAAUGAUUGGAGAAUACGGUGAUGAUCUAGCUCUCUUUAUCGCUACUCAAUUUUGUCAAUCUGUACAGUGCAUGAUGAGUAAGGGGGGACAUUUUAAUGUCUGAAAUUGAGAGUUGUGACAUUUGUGACAUCACGUCGGAUCAAUGCCACCCUCUCCAUCCUCCAUUUGUGGAAGGCCUCUCUGAUCCUAAUUUGUUAAUUUUUUUAAUAACGAAUUUUAACUUUCUUCAGUUGUGUUAUGCCAGAAAUCUGACCUACACUCUUAAAAAAAAAACAAUCGCUCUUUGAGGAACCAAAAACGGUUCUUCUUUGACAUUACUGUGAUUUUUAAGAGUGUAGUUGUGUAUCAUAAGCACUAUUUUACAAAAUACAAUGUACACUGUCAGAAAUAAGGUACAAGAGGGUACAAAAGUGGUCACUGGGGCGGUAUCUUUUCAAAAAGGAUACUUUUGUAGCUAACACAUUGGUACCUUAGAGGUACCGUCCCAGUGACAACUUUUGCGUGAGCAACAAAACAAGGAAGAACAUCUAUUAUUAAAUUUACCUGCUAAUGUAUUUGAUCAAAUAGUUUCAGUUGUGUUCCCUUUAUUCAGAUUUUGUGAAUCGGUUUUAUGCUUCGGCUUUCCCCAAGCAGGAGAUGGACGGUGUGGUAUUGAGUGUGACAGUGUAAUAUUGCGGUUCAAUCUGUACAGAAUCAUUCAGAACUUUAAAUAGUGUUUUGUAGUUCAACAUGCUCAGCUGAAUCAUAAUGUUCUCACAAUGUUGUAAAUGCAUUUCGAGGGCUGCAUGUUAUGGCUGUGUACUGACAGUGUAGCUGCAGGAAAAAAAACGACAAAACGAGAAAAAAAUACUUUUGUGUUGAUGUGUUCAGUUCAGCCAGUGCUGCUUUUUCAAGUGGUGAUUUUUAUGUUUCUUUUUUUAAAUAACCAAAAUAGUGCACUGAAUCUUGAAAAUAUUGCCAUAGUUUUUUUAUGCUUGUGUUUUUGUUGUACUCUGUUUAAUUUUGUGUUUUUUAUAUCUAUUCAUAUAUUUUAUUCAAUCGUAGCAAUUGCUGUUAUGAAAAGCACUUUGCUAUUGUUAGUUGAUUGCAAUAAAACAUUCAGUGCACAGUGA